UAUUUCAAUAAUCCGCGUCCACAUAUAAUUUCAUUACCAACAAAGUGGUCUGAAAAAAAAACAAUGUAACUGACCAAAUGAACAAUUUCCCUCUAAAUUAUUUCAGGGAGAAGAGAUAGAUAUGAUAAUUCACUUAAAAGCAUAUUUUUUCAGCCAAUCAGAACUCAGCAUUUUGCACGUUGGCUUUACUUCUUAACUUUACCAAUUAUUUUUAGGGGGGCUUGCGCGUUCACUUGCUAGCUAAUUAAGGAAAUUGUUCACAUAUAGGCCAUCGAAGCUUUCUUAAUCUUCCUCUUCAGUCAAAGGAAAAUAAACACGAUCAGUGUUUACGGACUUUCCUAGUUCUAGAUUUUGGAAGAAUAAACAUUUCUACUUUGAGACCGGAGUUCUGCAAUUUUUUUUCGUCGCUUAUUUUUUUUUCUCUUAUAAACAAAUUUAAAAAAUCAGCGGGAAGUUUUUGAAAGUAUCUCAAAAAGUAUUUAUUCGUGUUUGCUCAAGUAUUUUCUGGCUCCAAAGAGUGAGUUUUUAACCAGCUGCUCGCUGAAAUUUAUUCAUUAUUUAUUAUUUAGCGUCUCUAUAGUUUUAUGCCUAAACAAUAUAUCAAUUCACUGCAUAUGGGCUUAGCUUUAACUUUUUGAGAAAAUUUUGAAAAAUAUUUCUUUAUCAAGUCAUGGCAGUUAUUGCCAAAAAAUUUCGUCAUUUUUCCUAAACCAAAUGAACUGACCGUUUAUCCAUGAAAUAAAUAAUAUUUAAAUCUUUGAUUAACUUGCAAAAUUCCCCCAACAUUUUGUGUGUAAAAAUUCAUUAUUACUGACAAUUCUUAAUUAUCAUUAUCUUGAGACCUUUAUAAUUAAAAAUAUGUUUACGCUAAUUUGCUCAAGAAAAAUUAUUUCAAGUCAAGUUUCAUAAGUGAAGCAGUGAACCACUUUCUCACCUAUGAAACAGGGAACAACAAGGAUUGUAAACAAAUCGCACAUAUUCGUUUUAUGAUCAAUCACUUUAAAUUAUUAUCAAGUUAUAGCUUUUAAGAGCGAAUUGUGAAGAAGUAGUAUCGAUUUCAGUUCUUUGCUUCUUGUUGCGAGUAAAAUUAUUCUUAUUUUUAUUUGCACAAGUAUUCAGUGUUUAUUUGGUGUCUGCAGAUUCAAAAAUUGGGGUUUUUCCGGGGGCAAAACCGAAAUUUUUUUUUUUCAUUUAAAUACAUGUCUGAAACAUGAAAAAUUCGAUUAGUAAAAAAUAGUUUUCAUUGAUAUCCAAAAAUUCUUUUAUAGCCAUAAAAAUUUUUCAGCAUUACCUUGGUUAUACCAUAUUUUAAGUUAAAAGAAAAUCGAUAUCAUUAUCUUCAUUAUUUUAGCGUAUGUCAAUGUCAUAUUAUUUUGUCUUUCAGUAAGUUAUCGACAUUUUCCAGCAUUAUCUUAUAUAAUUUUACCAUUACAUUUACUUCAAAGGGCAGGAAAUUGUUUUCUUCCUGACUUAAUUUUGCGUGAACAGAUUGUCUUUUCAUGCUGUCAUUUUUGAUUUCAUCUCUUAUAUUUUACUUUCCUUCAGUGAUUGUCGUAAGUGCAUAUGCCUCCAGAAAAGGGCGGGGGCGACCAUGGUAGUCCAAUCAAGCCGGCGUCCGGUUUUUGUCUGUUCCGGAUGCCCGCAACUCUCUCCGACCUGGCAGAGGCAGUGUUCUAUCUCGUGCUGCUAUGUUGUCUGUUACUGUCAGUAGCUGUCACCAUCAGGUCUUUUAUCGCCACAGGGUCCAAUGUGACCAACUUCGAACUCAGAGAUGUAAAUCAACAUGUGCACCCUUGUUUCUUAUUCUUUGGCGUCGGAUUCUCUCUGGACGUGUGCAGGAGUCUCAAACUAGUAGCCGGGUCCACUGACUUCACUGGAAUGUUGCAGGAUGGGGAGUCGUGUGUGUCGAAGAGCUUCAACAUCCACUUCACACAGGACAUGAUGGAGAACUGGGAAGAGCAUGAACAACAGUUUAGCAAUGGCGAGUCAGAUUUCAGCACUACUGUCCGCAAACUCAUGCAGAAGAAAAUCGACCAGGGCAACAGUCACAAUAUCAGGGAAAAUCUGACCAUCAGUCUGAUCAUAGUGAGGGGUCCCUCCACAUGGGUGGAGCAGGACGCUAUCUACAUGCGGGUGUUGGCACCCAAAGAAAACGUCCUUCACCCUUUCUAUAUUCUGGGCAGCUUCAACGAAACCAAAAACAGUCUGACCGAGUGUGAGGUGCUGAGCAAAAAUGGGCUCCCUCUGGAGGCACUGGACACUCUGCAGGGGGUGUUGCAGAGGGACAAGGCAGUGUUCAGAUACCUGCCAACUGAGGCCAUGUCUCUGGCCAGCAUGUUCAAGGAGGAGUUCUACAGGGAGGGGCAUCUAUUCCACACCAGAAUCACACUAGAGUCCACAGUUUCGACAACCAUGUACAACACAAACGACAUGGACAGUUGUCAGGGGGGCACAUAUUACUCAUCAACUAACCCCACCCCCCUAGACAAUGCAACUGCCUAUCCCGUCCCGGGCAACAACAACAAUACAUCGAAAUCUCCAUAUAGUGGUCUGUGGUCUUCGCCGGAGGAAAACACUACCAGCUGGGACAGUUUAUUUGAAUACGAAGGCUGGAACGACCACGACCAAAGCAUUCCCGAUAUGAUGAAUGCUCUAUGCGGAGGAACUCAGCCUGGCAUGUCAUACAGUGAGAGCACAUUCCGCUGGUUCGACGGACUGAUUCGGGAGACGAACUCGUACAACCCGUUUGACCCCUGGAGUGUAUUCAGCACCCUCACUGCCGUGGUACUUGCCGUAGACAGAAUCUACACCACUCUGAAGAGAUACAAGACUGCCUACGAUAGACACCGGACCAGGAAGGUUUCCGGAAGUCCAGACUCUGUAGAUGACCCAGAUGCCAUUCCGAGAGAGAAAGACUUGUUUGUGAAAAACGGGAAGCACAAUGGAUCCGUUCUUUUUGUGACAGACGUCAACAGUCAGGGACGGAGUUAGCAGUAGUUAAACUGGGUGCAAGGAAAGAAAUCACGCUUCCCGAAAAUCUAAGCUAGCCAGAAAAAAAACUUUUGCUCAUCGUUUAUGUUUGCUGUUUAA